AUGAGGGGAACCGAAAGCAAGGCACGGCCAGACACGAUCUAUAUAUAUUGCCUGGCACAUCUGAUCCCUCGCGAGUCAAUCCAGGCACCCGCAAGCCGCCAACAAGCGCAGCGUCGGACCACGAUCUACGUAAUGUGCAGGAAGCCACCGGCGGCGCGAAUCCUAAACGGAAAGGCCAGGCUCUGCCAGGACGAGGCACGGAAGAGAGCCCAUCAUCGACAAGGCAAGGGGGCAGCGUUCUCCCCGAAGAACGCCUCUUUCCAUCUACAUCCCUCCCCUCCCCGAUAUGCCGACGAGCCUAUCAACUGGACCGUCCUCCCACAAGGUUUUGCGGCAGCGUCAAAGCUUCAAGGGCCUCAGGAGGGUCCGCCAAGUGCCUACGAAAACUACGCCUACGCACCCAUGAUGCAAGACACCGGCCCCGAGACGUUGCUGUGGAACCUGCCGGCCGGACGCCAUGGCUAA